UCUGUAUUCAUAGGUCUGUUAGCAUUAUAUUUGCGACAGUUGAGUCACAGUUUGGAUACGAAAUUUGCUCAGCCCUGUCUGGUGCAAACAGCUGUGAGGAGCUAAGCCUCGUCAGCACAGCGAGACGAGUGACGCUCCAGUGUGUAUUGACUUUCCUGUGCAGACUCGUGUCUCAUACUGGAGAUGAAUGGACUUUGUCAUUUCAGAACACUUCUCUCAGGCUGACAGCUCAGCAGCCGUUGUUUCCGCGGUGGACGUGGAAGAAAGAAAACCAGUUCAGUGUUCAAGGAGGCCAGGUCUUGUGAAAGAAGAUUGUUUCACUCUUUAAGCUCACAUUGGACAGGUUUUACAGGUGUAACCGCUUUCAUCUGGCUUUUGAGUCUCUAUUCUCAGCCUUUUCCUCGCUUCGGUCCCUCCUGUGGUGUCACUGGGCCAUGGUUCGCAAGAAAGGGACCCUUAUCUUAUGUGGAGCAUUUCUAUUCGUUGCCUGGAAUGCCCUGCUUCUUCUCUUUCUGUGGGGAAGGCCCCCCAUCGGUCGACUUGGAGAGGGAGGUGGAGCUGAACCGGGCGCAGGAGAGGAAUGGGCAGCUGGUAAAGGGAAAAGGGGCGGGGCUAGCGGAUUGGCCGGAGAAGUGAUCCGAUUGGCCGAAGAGGUGGAAACAGAAUUGGAGACUCAGAAAAAGCUCCUGAAACAGAUACAGGGUCACAGGUCGCUAUGGGAACUGCGUAAAGAUGUGGGGAAAACGGAGACGGAAGACGCAAAGGACAAGAAGGACGAGCCUAAAGAACCUCAGCAGGUGCCCCAGUUACCCGUCUUGGAUGAAAACAAAGCUCUUCCGAAAAAAGUACACGCUCCUGUCGUCACAUCCCCUCUACCAGACACAAAGCAGGACAAGAUAUUAGACGAUGAGAAACAAUCUUCUGAAAAUAAAGUGGGCCUCACUGACUCUAGUCCUCAAACUGUCAUCCCGAUCUUGGUCAUAGCUUGUGACAGAGUCACAGUGAAAAGGAGUUUGGAUAAACUGAUACAGUACCGGCCUUCAGUGGAGCUCCAUCCCAUCAUCGUCAGCCAGGACUGUGGUCACGCGGACACCGCGCGGGUCAUUGGCUCCUAUGGCAGUCAGGUGACCCACAUUAGCCAACCGGAUCUCUCAGACAUUCCAGUGAGGCCAGAUCACAGGAAGUUCCAGGGCUACUACAAGAUCGCUAGACACUACAAAUGGGCCCUGAACCAGGUGUUCAACACCUUCAGUUACUCCACUGUGGUCAUUGUAGAGGAUGACCUGGAGGUGGCACCAGACUUUUUCGAGUAUUUCCGUGCUCUGUACCCGAUCCUCCGCUCCGACCCCACUCUGUGGUGCAUUUCGGCCUGGAACGAUAACGGACGGGACGGCCUGGUGGACCCGGGCAAGGCUGACCUUCUCUACCGGACAGACUUCUUUCCUGGCCUGGGCUGGAUGCUGCUGAAGGAGGUGUGGGCAGAGCUGGAGCCCAAAUGGCCCAAAGCCUUUUGGGAUGACUGGAUGCGUCACCCGGAGCAGAGGAAAGACCGUUCUUGCAUUCGGCCAGAAAUCUCCAGGACUAUGACAUUUGGCCGGAAAGGAGUCAGUUUGGGUCAAUUUUUUGACCAGUAUCUGCGCUACAUUAAACUCAACACUGAAUUUGUGCCUUUCACUAAACAGGAUUUGUCUUAUUUGGUCAGGGGGCGCUACGACGAAACCUUCGUUAAGGAGGUGUACAGCGCCCCCUUGGUGAAGGUGGAGGAUCUACAGCAAGGUGGCAGUUUGAAGGGCGCUGGCCCGUUCAGGGUGCAGUAUUCUAGCAGAGACAGCUUCAAAGUACUGGCCCGCAAUUUGGGGGUGAUGGACGACUUAAAGUCAGGGGUUCCCCGCGCUGGCUACAGAGGAGUGGUCAGCUUUCUCUCGCGUGGGCGAAGAAUUUAUCUGGCACCCCCCGAGGGCUGGACAAAAUAUGACACCAGCUGGAGCUGAAAGGGUGGAUUUUUAGGCACGGACCACAGAAUGACAAGACUCAGAAUUAUGACAACCAUGCAGGAAGAGAGGGACGCCCUCUCAAACCAAAGAAAACAGGCAGGGUGCGAAAGAUAAAUAAGCUGAAGGCUAAUGCAUGGUUAGAAGACAUGGGAUGAAGGUCAAAGUACAGUGAUUUUAUUGAGGAAGGCGACUUUAUUCUCUGAGGGUAAUGGAGGAUGGAACACCCUGUCACACUGGGAACAACACAAAAGUUGGUAUCUUGUGCCGCCGUACUCAGAGAAGACCAUAGCAAAGUCCUGCUGUUUCUAAUGGUGGAGAUGCUGUUCUUCUCAGGAUAAACACGUAGUUGUUGCUAAAUUUGAAGCGAUAGUUCAGUGACAGUGCUAAUUUACAGAGUUUCCCCCUUAUGUAUAAGAGGCCAUUCAAGACUUGUCUGAUGUCUGAAGUUUGCUUCUUUAGUUUUGCACUGGAGCUACAAGCUAAUAUAGCUGACAAGUAAUGGAAGCUUAUACACCACCAAUUAGCAUUCUGCUAACUACAGUUGCCUGAGACCACACUGAGUUGUUUAGUAAUCUCAAAUAGACGUUGCUGAUGUGGUUUCUGAUACUGUAUGGCAUACUGAUAUCCAUACAAAUGGACAAAAGUAUGACCAAUAGGGCAGCUUUGACAAAUGUUUUUAGCUCUGUGAUGUGUUUUUAAUAGAGAAGUGUGUCAUAUAGUGGCAGAAACCACUUACGCAAGUCUAUUUGAGAUUACGUUAUGGCUGGACCGACUAUUUGGAUAUUCAUUUGUUGGUAGGUGUUCAGUUUUUAAUUUUGGGAUUUGGAUAUUCGGGGUUGUUUUUCGGCUAAAUGUAGGGUAUCAAUAAAGGCAAACUGCUAAAUACAGUGACGUUCGGGAGAAACCUGAGACGACUCGAGGUCACGGUCCAUCCCAGCAAACACAGUUAUGUUGUGACAACCUAUUGAUUUGGUGCUCGCAACGUUGAAAUGCAAUUCCUCAGAAAGUCGUGACAACGUUAUGUGACAGCAUUGUGACAACGUAGUGACAACAUGGACAACAAGAUGUUGUCACAACCUCCUAGAAUCCCUCAUUAGAUUCGUUAUGGUGUGAAUGGGACUCAUUCACACCAUCAUAAUACCGUAUGGCAAUGUUACUGAAUGAUGAGCACCACCUCUUGACAACGUUGUGACAGUAUUGUGUGUUUGCUGGGAUAGCACAGCAUUUUUAAUUUGCUGAAAACAGCGGCAAACGCAGCAAGAAGAAACAGCCUCUUCAGCGCUAACAGCUAAAAACAAAGCCCUCUGUUCUGCUCCACAAAACCCACCAUUCUACCCGCAUUCAGGCUCUUCAUCAUAAAAGUCCUUGUACGAAUUAACCUAAAGCAGCCCAGCAUAAACAAUUUCUCUCUUUAAAAAUGUAACUAUUUACAACACACAAAGGUGACGACACAAUACAUAUUUAUACCUUUUAAUUGCACUGUUAAAAUGUGGAAAUAUAUACAGUUUCAGCUGGGGGUGCUUGGCAUCACUCACCGCAGUGAACAUCACACUAAUGCGGAGCUAGACAGUGGGUGUGUCUCAAAACCUAGUGAGCUCUCUAAGUAGCCGCUGUCUACAUAGGCAUCUGUCUAUAUAGGCAGCGUUCCAACCGUCAUCUGUCCUUAUAAGACAGAUAAAUGAGACGCUCUAGUUAGACAGCAGUGACGUCGCCGCUUGUUCCCGCCCACUGCACGAGACCGGCGGUUACUGACCUCAGCAGUCAGAAUCAUAUUUAGCCAACAUGGAUGGCGGUUUAUACAGCGAUUUUAAUUGUAUUUACUCUGAAUGAAACAGCAAAAUAGACAAUAGUUGUGGUCAAACGCGGAAAGUAUAGGCUAUUUGUGCUCCUUUAUGACUAGAAAACAGAUAAAUACCCCAGGAAAUCAGAAUAAGUUAUAUUUGAAGAUGACAUCGCUGCUUGGUGAAGCGCUUCUGCCCACCCACACCCAGCAUGUAUUCCCAGGGCGGCUGCAAAAAGUGCCCUGCUUUUGUGGACCCUUACUAGGGCCGUGAUGUAUGCCCUUCAUACCUCGAGUAAGACCUCUGUGAAGGCAGAUUAUUCGAUCGACUUUCUCUGCCCCACUGAAACCGCCAAAAUGCAUGAAAAACCACUAAAAAGUACAGAAACACUCUGGGGUCAUUUAACCAUAAUACAAAAUAAUACAGCAUUCAAACAUGUCAGAAAAUAAGCUUCUGGGUACACCAACCGCUGCUGUCUUGUCUUCGAAAAUUAGCAGAUUGAAGGUUAUUGAAGUUGUCGCUAGUUGUUGUUGUCGGCCUUUUAAACAAGUAUGUUUGUCACUGAUAUGAAAACCCGAAAGGUUUUCACGUUUUACUUUGUUUUAGAAUCUUUUUCACAAAUAACAAAGGAACUAUAAAUAAUUUCCACAAAGUAAUUAUUUGAUUUGUGUUUUAUCUUAUUUUCUUACCUUAAAGAGCUCACACAAACUUAGCAACAUUUUUAAUGCAUUGUGUAUGAGAGGAACUAUGAUCUCAUGCAGUCAGAAAGGCAAAUGAACAGCAGUUUUAUUGCAGGCAUAACUAUUCCUCAUACAUCUUUAUAGGCUCUGCAGAUCACUGGCUGCUCCACUUUCCAACAGUAGCAGAACUGUGUGCAGCCAGUAAAGCCAUGUAAACUGGACAAACCGUGCUCCUCCUCUCAACAGGAGUGAGUAAAAUUUAUGUCAAAGUUCUGAUAACUGACUGGACCGGUGGAGGCGUUAGGCCUAUUCAGGUUUAAACUGUAUUAUUAAGUAAUGCAGUUUAUUAAUUCAAUGUUCUUUUUAAAAACCUGGCAAAAUAAUGACAACCCACCCAAAUUUUGUCUAACCGCAAAAAGACUUUUCAAAAAGAAUUUUGACUGAAAAAUUCUGCCAAAAUCUGCCCAGUUUGGUGGGAACCCUGCAUGUCUGAGCUGAUCAGCUACAUUUAGGCUAAGAGGGGGGAAACUAGAUUGGUGUUUUGCUGAACUAUCCCCUGACGAAAUGUCAACUUCUGUUAUUCCCAGUGUCAAACUCAGUGCAUUGAAGGGUGAGCUUGGCCUUGUCAUUACUUAGAUUGGACGUUCUCUGAGUGGCUGAGGUUAUUUUUUUCUGUGAGUUACUGACAUUAUUCUGAAUGAAGUUACUCACAUUACAGAUGAAUUACUACAAUGGUCAUAAUUGUUGUCCAGUUUAAUUGAUGCAUUCAAACAAAAGAGUUUUGAAGUAGCACUAUUUUGAUGAAGUGAUGAAGUUAAGUUUUGUGCCAGGAAUGAUUAGCCUACAAGAUUCAUGCAUAUGAAGCACCAAAACUCAUGAUAGACAGAUUCUGUGAUUUUCUUCUUGUUUUUAUUAUUAUAAUUUUUUUUGGAAGUAAUGUACUUGAACCCUUCUUCAUUCUCCUUAAUUCGGGAGAGAUUUCAUUACAUUUCAAAGAUGUCCCAAAUGUUAGGUUUGUUGCAAAACCAAUGAUCGUAGAUUUUGCUUUGUAUGUUCUUUUGAAUGCAUUCGUUUAAGCAGGUGGGAUGAGAGGAAAAAUUCUAAUAUAAUUUAAAUGUACUGUAUUGGGAUGUUUGUGAGAGCGUUUGAUAUGUUCAAAUGUCUGUAUGAAGUAUAAAACCACUGCCUGAUGUGUUGUUUCUAAAUUUAAUACAUUGAGAAUAAAUGACUAUUUUGAUAUGUCA